GUGUUUUUUGCUGCAACGUGAAACAUGCCAAGGUCUUUCCUGGUCAAAAAGGUUAAGCUCGAUGAUUUCUCGUCUGCUGACCUCGAGAGCUCUUAUGGCAGAUCCAGAGCGGACCUCAGCCUCCGAUUUCACGAAAAAGCAGCAGGUUACAUCAGCGACUACAUAACCCCGUCUGUGUAUGAAGCAGAAAAUGAAAAUGGCAUCAAAGUGCCGUCGCCGGGACCCAUCUACGAGAGCCUGCACAGCGAUUACGGUGCACCGGACUCGGACCAGCCCGACAGCCCGCGCUCUGAGAUCUCGACUGGGUACAUCAACGGUGACAAUGCGGUGAGUGAGGGCUACACGGUAGACGCCUUCUUUAUCACGGAUGGGCGCUCGCGCAGGAGGGCCGUGGGUAAUGCGCGGAACGCGCAACGCCACACGUGCAACGAGUGCGGCAAGAGCUACGCCACGUCGUCCAACCUGAGCCGCCACAAGCAGACGCACCGCAGCAUGGACAGCAAGAUGGCCAAGAAGUGCCCGACUUGUGGGAAGGUGUACGUGUCCAUGCCGGCCAUGGCAAUGCACCUGCUCACGCACGACCUCAAGCACAAAUGCGACGUCUGUGGCAAGGCGUUCAGCCGCCCCUGGCUGUUGCAGGGUCACAUGCGCUCGCACACGGGCGAGAAACCGUUCGGGUGCGCGCAUUGCGGGAAGGCCUUUGCUGACCGCUCCAACUUGCGCGCUCACAUGCAGACGCACUCGGCUUUUAAGCACUACAAGUGCAAGCGCUGCAACAAGACCUUCGCACUCAAGUCGUACCUGAACAAGCACUACGAGUCGGCUUGCUUCAAAGGAGCCUUUUCGCCUCUCAGAGCCGAUUCAUGAAAGAUCCACGGGAGUCACAGUGCGCCCACAGCUUUGCUUUUCGCUCCUGCAACAACAGAACUGAGGAAAACUUGGAUUAUUCGCAUGUAACUUUUCUUUUCCAAGCGUAACCAUCUCCCCCAAGCCGUUCGCCUACCGAGCCGAAAAUAGCAACUUAUUUUGCCAAAAAAAAGAAUAAUAAUAAUAAAAAAAAAACAAAAAAAAAAAAACAAAACUCAAGACAUUAAAAAUGUCUAACUCUCAAUUAAAAGGUCAAACCUUUUCUAGGUAUUGGAUCACAUUAUACUGCUGCCAGUGGCCACAAAAGUGUUCAGCGUCGAGGUAAAACUAUAACUUAUUUAUGUACUUAUUUAUUAUUUUAUACAAAUCGUGUAAAACCUUCAUUUGCACUUUAAUUUAUUCUUUUGCCAAACUUUUCCUUCGCCAUUAAUAUGCCAAAGCAUUUGCCACUUUUUCAAUCUGUUUUGUUGGUUCCUUUGUUGUUUGUUUGCCACUUUUUGCAUGCAAAAGAGGAAAUCUAUGCCAAUUUUAUCAAGCUUUGGUUUUUUCUUUCUUACUUUUUUCUUUUUCUUUUUCUUUUUUUUUUUGUUCUGCGAAUAUCUAGUUAGAAUCAGUCUGCAAUAUUUCUCGGGAGUCAUUAAAAAUUAAUAGAGCAAUAAUGCAUGGUAUUUUUUAAAACAAAACAAACAAAUAAAAAAAACAAGAAAUAAACCAAUAAUAGCUAUAACAUUUUUAAUCACGAUUUUAAUCCAAUACCGUUAGUAGUUGUGCAGAAGAAGAAGCUCAAUAUCAGGGAAAUGCCAGUGUAGUAUUAGUGGAUAUAGACCAUGGGCUGAG